AUGAAGUUUACAAUACUGUUUUCACUAACACUCCUUCAAGGAUGUUUAGCUUUCAUUCCCAACAACAACAACAACAACAACAACAACAACAACAACAACAACAACAACAACAACAAGAAGAAGGCAGGGAGAGGAACCACGACACUGCUACCGGUAGAUUCCAAGACAACUCAACUUCCAAUGUUUUUUGCCGAAGAGGUGCCGAAAAAAGAGGAAGCUACCAGCAACAAGUUUGAUGCAGAAACAGUGGAUCUGGUAUCGAGUCAAAAUGAAAGAUACAUCAACAUGGUGGGGGCCUUUCUCGUGGACAACUUUUGGUUGGGUUCUAUGCACCACGAUGUCAGCGGAGACAUGAUUUCGGAUACUGCUAAAAGAAGUCUGGUCAUUGAACAGAGUGCCGAUCUACAAGAAAAGUACGGGGAGCAGAUGGGGGUCAGGACUCUGGAUGGGCAGAUUCUAAGCGUGUUGGAUGCCGAGACAAAAGACAUGCUCGCUGUGGUCACUCUCAAGUCCACGCUCUUGGUGGGAGAAACUGUCAUGGAAUCCGAACGAGCCGAGAGUAUAGCCAAGAAUGCGGUUGCAGCCUUGUCUCCUCAACUUCGCAGAGAAUACAAAAAAGCUUCUAUUCAAAGGAUUGCAGAUGAACUACUUCCCGAAGAUACCCAGGCGAUUGCCCUGGUUGCCAAUCUUGCCGUCGCAUCGAGUGCAAGAGGUCGUGGAAUUGCCAAGUAUUUAUGCGACGAAGUGGAAGAUCUAGCAAAAAGCUGGGGAUUUUCCGACAUUUGGCUCAUUGUCGAAUCUGAAAAUGCUGCGGCUCGUAGCCUUUACGAAGGCAAACUCGGCUAUACGGUUGCCUUUGGUAUCGAGAAUGAUGAUGCCCUGCGUGCAGAUCCUGCGACGGGCGAAUUCGAGGAAGUUCAAGUGGACAGCCUUGUGAUGAAAAAGAGUAUAUAG